AUGCGAGGCGUUGAGGACUUCUCCGGCUCACUUUUCCCACGAACCCAGACCGACGGCGCUUCAGAGUGGCCAUACGGUCCGUUCUCGACCAGAGGUCGCGAUAUUGUCAAUGCUCGAGGAGAAGCGAUAACAUGGGCCGGCGUGAACUGGCCUGGCAGUGGCGAGACGAUGAUUCCAGAGGGCCUCGAGUUCGCAUCUGUUGAAGAUCUCGUGGCUCAGAUCGAUAGUGUGGGCUUUAACUUCAUCCGCUUAACAUACGCCAUUGAGAUGGUCGACCAGAUGUACGAGCGGAAUAUGUCUGAUAUUCCGUUGGAGAUCGCCCUGAUCACUGGUCUCGGUUACGAGAACGGAACAAAAGUCACCAAGGAGAUCAUCGAGAAGAACCCAACCUGGACAAAGGACACGACUCGCUUUGAGAUCUGGGAUGCCAUUGCCAACGCCGCCGCUAACCGCAGCAUAUACGUGCACCCUGACGUGCACGUAGGCAAAGCUCAGUGGUGUUGCAACAACACUGAUGGGAACGCCUGGUUCGAUGACUACAACUUCCCUGUUGCCAACUGGAAGCGUGGUCUUCAAUUUGUCGCCGAGUGGGCCAAGGACCACCGUAACGUCGUAUCGAUGGCCCUUCGAAACGAGCUGCGCCGAGCGAUCAAUGAGACAGCACCGACGUCGACCAUCGGAUACAACUGGCUGUCUCUUGUUGGCAACAACACCGCCGCCACGGAUGCCAUCCACGAGGUGAACCCUGACAUUCUCGUCUCGUGGAGCGGAAUGCAGUACGAUCAGGAUCUGGCAGCUUUAACGACCGGCCUAGACCUCAACACCGCGCCCUGCUAUAAGUGCGACGUCGUCCGUGACGGAUACCGCCGUGACCCCAUCAUCUUCAACCUCGACGACCACCCAUGGGCCGACAAAGUCGUGUACGAGCUGCACCUCUACUCCAUGUCCGAGGACCUCGACACGGGCUCCUGCCCACUCAUCCAAGCGCAAUUCUACUCCAGCGGCUUCAAUGCAAUGGGGAUCGACAAGCCCGAAGCGUGCAACAUCACCGGAGAUUGUGUCGAAGCUGUGCGUCAGACGCCGGUGAUUUUGUCCGAGUUUGGAUGGGCACAGGACGAGACGCUGUUCAACGAUACCUUGCAGACUUGCUUGAGGGACUUCACUACGCAGAACAAUGUCAGCUGGGCGGUGUGGGCUUUUGCUGGCUCGUACAGAGUUCGCUCUGGUGGGCAGGGAGUGCCGGAUACGUGGGGCUUGACGAAUUAUAAUUUCAGCGAUUGGAAUUACCCAAAGGCGGUCGAGGACUGGUUCAAGCCGUGGGUGGCGGAGUCGCUCGGUUGA